UUAAACAUUAUCACCCUUACAACACCCUCCUUGUACAGUUGGCUCUCCUACAUCACUGUUUGGCAUGCAUUCUUUGAAACUGCACAGCUCCCCUGUUUUGUUAUCAUUGUCAUUAUCACACUUCACCAAUGCCACUUGACAUAGAAUUUUAGAAUUGUUAGGGUUCUCCAGAGAAACAGAACCAAUAUGAAGGAGAUUUAUCAUGAGGAAUCGGCUCACAUGAUUAUUUGGGGCUGAGAAGUUCCAGGAUCUGGUGGCUGCGAAGUGGAGACCUAGGAAAGCUGGUGGCGUAAUUCAGUCCGAGACCAAAGGCUUGAGAACUGGGGUGGGUAAUGGUGUAAAUUCCAGUCCAAGGACUGGAGAGGACCUGUAUCCCGGCUCAAGCAGGCAGGCAGGAAAUAAAAGGGAUGAAUCCCUUUUUCUUCUCAGGCCCCGCAACAAAUUCAAUGAUGCCCAACAACACUGGUGAAGACAACCUGAGUGGACAGAUUUGAAUGAUAAUCUCAUCUAGAAACAACCACUUCCCAGACAGACCCAGAAAUGUUUAAUCUGGGCACCUCGGGGCCAGUCGAGUUGACACAUGACAUUAACCUUCACGAUUAUUUUCCUGCUUCGUUUUUAUUAUGCUAGGAUUUUAGAGAUUAUAUGCUGAAAAGUAUAAGAUGCGUUGCCCAACGUGACACUUGAAACAGCUCCAUCUUCCCAGCCUCCGUAGAAAAAGCGUCAUUUUUGGCCGUCUUGAAUCCAAAAUCUGAAGGUCAGCUUCGCUGUGCUACCACUCUGUGACAGCCCCUGACUGACCACCUGAGUGAGGGAUCUGUGAGCAAGAAGAGCCACAGAAGUCAGGACAGGGAGCAGCUGCUAUGGCUUCUGAACUCCUGAAAUGCUUACAGGAGGAAGUGACCUGCCCCAUCUGCCUGGACAUCCUGACACAGCCCCUGAGCCUAGACUGUGGCCACAGCUUCUGCCAGGCCUGCAUCACUGCAAAGACCAAGGAGUCCACGACAAACCAAGGAGGGGAGAGCAGAUGCCCUGUGUGCCGAAUCAGGUACUGUACUGGGGAGCUGCGGCCUAACUGGCAUGUGGCCAACAUAGUGGAGAGGCUCAGAGAGGUCAAGGUGAGCCCCGAGGAGGGGCAGAAGAUAAAUCUCUGUGAGCGCCAUGAAGAGAAACUCCUGCUUUUCUGUAAGACGGAUGGGAAGAUCAUUUGUUGGCUUUGCGAACGGUCUCAGGAGCACCGCGGUCACCACACGGUCCUCGUGGAGGAAAUUGCCCAGGACUACCAGAAGAAGCUCCAGGAAGCUCUAUGGAAGCUGAGGGAAGACCAGCAGGAAGCUAGGAUGUUGGAAGCUGGUAUCGGAGAAGAGAGAACUUCCUGGAAGAAACAAAUGCAAACUGAGAGACAAAGUAUCCAGGCACAGUUUAAAAAACUGAAGGACAUCCUGGAGUAUGAGGAGCUGAGGGAGCUGCAGAAUUUGGAAAACGAGGAGAAAGCUGUUCUAGGCAGGCUGGCUGAAGCUGGGGAUGAACUGGCCCAGCACAGCCAGCUGUUGACCGACCUCAUCUCGGAUCUGGAACAUCGGCUGCAGGGGUCAACGAUGGACAUGCUGCAGGAUGUGAAUCACCUCAUGGAAAGGAGCAGGGUCUUGAGUCUGAAGAAACCAAAAACUUUUCUCAAGGGACAAAGGAACACAUUCCGAGCUCUUGAUCUGCAAGAGAUAAUACAAGCCUUUAAAAAAGCUCACGUGAUUCCACACUGACCCCAAAAUACGACGUAUUUUGGCAUUUCUACGGGACGAAGACCAGUGAGAUAUAUGUGCUGGUGGAAAUCAAAUAAUGCAUGUAACAGCGAUUAUGGUGUCCCGGGCUCCCUGGUUAUCAGUUCGGGGAAACAUUACUGGGGGUUUGAUCUUGGGGGGUAUAUGAUAGAACAUGCCCAGAAUCCAAUAUGAAAUUUCAUGUUAGACAUACUUAAAAUUACCAACAUGUUUACUCUGGGUAUCAACCUAAUAUGGCUAUUGCGUUAAAGGGUUAAAGGGUUGAAUAUAAUGCUUUUGAGGAGUCCUCCUUCUCUGACCCCUUCGUCUUAAUCCUGGCCUUGCCUGUUCCUCCCCAUUGUGUUGGAGUUUUCCUAGACUACAAGCCUGGCACCGUCUCCUUUUUCAAUGUCACAAACCAUAGGUUUCUCAUCUAUAAAUUCUCUUCAUGUUCCUUUUCUCAGAAAGCUUUUCUGUAUUUCAACCCUGGGAAAUAUACUGACCCCAUGACUCGGGGGGGACUGACUCUAGACUACUAGAGUCAGAGUAGUAGAGUCUAGACUACUAGACUACUAGAGUCUAGUUCUUGUACUCGCCAAGCUCUUGAACCUUCUUACACCCCUACUUAUUUCUUUGUAGUUGCACUUGCCUUAAGUACACCUAAUGCAUUGAGUCUGUCUCACCGUGUGUCCCUUGCUGCCUCCUUUUUCUCUACGUGAACACCUUCAUUCAUCAGCAGGGUGUACAAUUUGCCUUGAAUAAUGUUUUUCCCAGUAUGAUGUUUGCAUUAGGAAAGAAUCUCUGUUCAUAAUUUUCCAUAGUCCCAACGGAAAAAAAAAGGGGCUGAUGCCUCAUAAAGAAAGAUCAUUAUUGAGGGAACAGCUCUGCCAGAUUGUUACAAUCCCAUUUCCUCUGUCAUGACUGAAAAGAUGAAGGAAAGCUUUUCAACAAUUUUGAUGUAUUAUCAAAGACCUAAGCGUAGGAAUUAUUCACUAAAGACUGAACCCUUAGUGGUGUGUCAGUGUUCUCAUGAUGCCUCUUACUCAUCAAAGAGUUAGGGAGAAAAUGAGAAAAUAUCAUAAUAGUAAGAAUGGAAGUUUAUGUUCAGCAUGUCUGAGUUCCUGUCCUCUCUCCACACGUAGCAAAUGCAACCUUGAAUAACAUACAUUAAUGUUGUGUUUAUUUUCUUAAAAUAAGCGUGGUGUAAAAACUGCACUGUACUUAGGAUCAUCGUAAGAAAAUAAAUGUCAUUAAAAAUAAAGCA